AUGUCCGCUACAAAGACCAAGGUCCAGUCCAUCAUCGACGAGAACCCCGUCGCCGUCUUCUCAAAGUCUUACUGCCCUUACUGUCGCCAGGCCAAGCAGUUGCUCAGCGACAGUGGCGCAAAGUUCUACGCGAUUGAGUUGGACCAAGUUGAUGACGGCUCAGCUAUCCAGUCUACUCUCGGCGAAAUGACUGGCCAGACCACCGUACCCAACAUCUUCAUCGCUCAGAAGCACAUUGGUGGAAACAGCGAUUUGCAGUCCAAGAAGGGUCAGCUCAACAACCUUCUCAAGGAGGCUGGUGCCGUUUGA